AUGUCAGAUAUUGAACUGAUAAAGCUCCGAUUAGAACAACUUGAGCUUGAAAAUGAAUUGUUGAAAUCAAAACUCGAAGCCCAAGGUGAAACUCGAGUAGAAAAUGAAAAAAAAUGGGCAUCACCUUUAGCUGAUUCGCUUUCGCUCGAUGAGUACAGGAGAUAUGGUAGACAAAUGAUUGUGCCAGAAUUUGGAUCACUUGGGUCGCAAAUUAAACUCAAAUCGUCGUCGGUUUUAGUCAUAGGUGCUGGUGGACUAGGAUGCCCCGCUUUGUUGUAUAUAGCAGCAUCUGGGGUCGGCAAUAUCGGUAUCGUGGACAAUGAUGAGGUAGAUGUAUCCAACUUGCAUAGACAAGUGCUACACACAACAGAAUCUGUGGGUAUUCCAAAGGUAGAAUCAGCAAAACGGUAUAUCAAUAAGCUCAAUCCACACGUAAAAGUGGAAACAUAUGUGACAAUGAUAACUAAUGAUAAUGCGUUUGAAAUUAUUCCAAAGUAUGACUUGAUCUUGGACUGCACUGAUAAUCCUGCCACAAGAUACUUAAUUAAUGAUGUAUGCGUUUUGAGCGAUAGACCUAUAAUUAGUGGUUCUGGUCUUAAAACUGAAGGUCAGUUAUCCAUACUAAACUACGGAGAGAAGGGCCCAUGCUAUAGAUGCUUUUACCCGCAGCCUCCAUCGCCAAACUCAGUAACUUCUUGCAAAGAUGGUGGAGUUCUAGGACCAUGUAUAGGAUUAAUUGGAGUUACCAUGGCUGUGGAAACUAUCAAAAUACUCACCAACUUCUAUGAGGAUGGAAAAAACUUUAGUCCUUUCCUUUCAAUGUACUCGUCGUAUCCCCAACAACAAAUUAGAGUAUUCAAAAUGAGAUCAAAGCAGAAGACAUGUUCAGUGUGUGGAAAUUCGCCAAUUAUUACGAAAGAGAUGAUCGUCUCCAACCAAAUUGAUUAUGUUGAGUUCUGUGGGAAACUCGACUCAAAUGUUCUACGGGAGAAUGAAAGGAUAAGCGUUAAAGAAUACAGCAUUUUUCACAAUAAAGAAGGAGAUGAUUCCAUCCUCAUUGAUGUUAGGCCCAAGGAGCAAUUUUCGAUUGUUUCACUCCCAAAUUCUGUACAUAUACCAUGGGAUCCAAUAAUAAACAAAGCUGAUAAUAUUGAUGAAUACCUUCCUCCGAACAUAAAUAAGGAGGCAGACCAAAUCUUUGUCAUAUGCCGCUAUGGAAACGACUCGCAAUUGGCAACUCAGAAGUUAUUGAAACUAGGCUACAGGAAUGUCAAAGAUGUCAAGGGAGGCCUUAAUAAAUGGAGCGAAGUUAUAGAUUCUGAAUUUCCCGUUUAUUAG